GGAGGAGGAGGGUGUCACUACCUUACAAAGUUCAACAGGCUUUAGUGUUCAGGGGCACGAAGCGCCGCCUUACUGCAGCGAACCGGACCUGGAGUACGCAUGCGCGCAGGCGCGACACCUAUCACAAUAGUGCAAUCCCCGAAAGUUUUUGUUUUUGUUUGUCAGUUUGUUUGUUUUUGUCGGCUCUUGGAAACAGUAGCAUCGCGCACCACGAAAUAAGAGGGGCCCCGCCGCUUUCCAAGGCGCAAAACGACGAUGUUCGUACGGGCCAGACUGCUGGCGCUGUUGGUCGCGACCCUGGUCGGAUGCCAGAAUGGAGCCGACGCCGCGCGUUCCAAGGUCGCGGACUCCGACCCGCCGGAAGAGUCCAGCUCCGGGGUCAGGCACUACGAGGGCGUCGGCAAGGACACCACCAACGGUGUGAUCAAGAACCUCAACGCGCUCGGCGACGGGAGCAGCGGCAACCAGGAGUUGCACAUCGAGAAGAACGACUUCAUCGACGUCUCGUGGCAGAGGCGCCACCCGGAACUCUUCCGCGUCAAGAGGAAAACGGCGACCAUCGCGCUGGACGUGAAGGACAACACGUACCGGGUGUGGACGCACGACUACCCCGUCGCGGCUAUGGCCAUCCUGCCUUACGGAGUGGGCGCCGUGCACCCUGCCGCCGCCUACCCCACCGCGGUGUACCCCGCUGAACCGGGCUACUCGGGCUACCCCGUGGUCGUAAGCGGAGGAGCUCCUGUACCCCUACCGGCACUGGCGCACGCAGACUACGUGGGCGCGUCACCGUACUACCGCGGAUUUUACUCGCCUUCAUACAGCCUACCCUACGCUCCACUACCCUGGGCGUCACCUUACGUCGGCGCCGGGUACCUGGUACCAGACGCAGCAGCCAGCUACCUUCCCGGAGCCCCGUUGUUCGCCGCGGGCUACCCCGACUACCCGGACGUUUACUCGUCGCUAGCCGAUCUCGAUUGGUCUGGAGACUACCUGCAAUAA